CAGGAAGGGAACAUAAUCUAAGCGACUGCAAUCCUUCCACCGGUCCUUAUCUUCUACCCUGGAACGGCAUUGAGGUAAAAAAUGUCCACACAAUCCGCUCAGAGCAUCCUCUUCACCCACACGGCCCCGCAACAGGCCUUCCGAUUACUCGAACUGCCACCAGAUCUCGCAGAACUUCUUGCCUCCGACAAUCCUCCAACCCUCGAAAUCAAAUCCCCCACACCCACCACCGACGCUCCCACCGACACCACCCGCGAUUACAUCAACCUCUGCACCCCAACCCAAACCUACCGCAUUCGCCAAGUCCAGUCCUCCAACUCACUGCAUGUCCUCCGCCCAAGCGACGAUGGUACCCAGCGCGGCGACCUCGCCGUCAUCGGUGCCACACAGGAAAACGACGAGCCCGUCCCCGACCUGAACCUCUCCGAGACAAUGACUGCGAUCGCGAAGUGCGGGUCCACACUUGAAUUACAGACCCCGCAGGAGGGGUUCAACAUUAUCCCGAUAUUAGAGGGGUUGCUGGGAAAGUAUGACUCUAGUGAAGACAUCUCCAUGUCUACGGGGGACGGUGGGAUGAUGGUAGACUCUACGGACCGGAGGCAGAUCGUUGAGAAGCUAUUUGCUGAUGUUCCGGUGUCGAACCUGCAAUGUGCGAGGGUCUGGAAGAAUAUUUGUGCGUUUGUGCUACCUGCUACGGGCCGUGGGUGGGUGCCGACGGCGAGGGCCAAGGUUGGGGUGUGGAAGCGAGUGGUUGAGGGGGCUGUGUUGCAGGGCAUUGAUCUGGGGACGCAAUUCUUGGUAGGGGAUUUGUGGAAGUCGAUGCUUGAUGAAGAUGGGGAGGGUGAGUGGCCGAGGGAGUUGUUUGAGGCGGUUGUAGGGAGGGUUUGUGAGACUGGUGAUGAAGGGUCGUUGUUGGAGGGGGAAUUAAAGUGGGCUAGUAUUGAUAAGGAGCGGUGCGUGCGAUGGGUUGGUGAAACCUAUUUAGAGGCUGCGGCGCCUACGGCGGCUGCUGCUGUUGGACGUAGCGAAUUUCUCAACGCUUGGAAGGAUCAUCUGCCAGAAGGCUGGAGGGAGGAAGCUACGUUUUCGAAGCUUACGGAGGACAAGCAUAGAUUCCCUGAUCCAACGACCGUCUGCUUUGUCAGUGAUGAAGAUCGGCAGAAACUAAAGAAGAAUCUCUCGACAGAUGCUAGUGCGUCUACCGCUGCGAAAAAGACGAGAAACUGGCAUGAAUUAUUCAAGAACCAGAAGCGACAGAAGCGUUGAGGCUCUAAUUCUAGAGGCAUUAUGAUG